UGAUAAUUUGUUGUUGUCAGCAGUGAGAGAAACUCCAAGAAGAUUGCCCUGAGUGUUUGACGUUUCCAAGGAAGGGACUGAGUGACACCGUGCAGCAGGAGCUAUGUCUCUGCCCUUCCGAAAAGAGUUAGAGAAAUACAAAAAUAUCAAUGAGGAUGAGAUUCUCAGCAAACUAUCAGAGGAUGAGCUGAAACAACUGGAACAUGUUCUUGAUGACCUUGACCCAGAGAAUGCCCUUCUGCCGGCAGGCUUCCGACAGAAAGAUCAGACCACUAAAGCUGCCACUGGCCCUUUUGACAGAGAGCGAUUGCUUUCGUACUUGGAGAAGGAAGCACUGGAGCACAAGGAUAGGGAAGACUUUGUACCCUUUACAGGAGAAAAGAAAGGAAAAAUAUUUGUUCCUAAAGAAAAGCCCAUUGAGACCCAUACAGAGGAGAAGGUGACCCUGGACCCAGAACUUGAAGAAGCCCUGGCCAGUGCCUCUGAUACUGAGCUCUAUGAUCUUGCAGCUGUUCUUGGGGUGCACAACAUGGUCAAUAAUCCCAAGUUUGAUGAAGAAGGAGCCACUGGCAAAGAUGGAAAAGGAAGCGUGAGAAAUGUGGUCAAAGGUGAAAAGGUCAAGCCAAUUUUUGAGGAGCCACCUAAUCCAACCAAUGUGGAAGGAAGUUUGCAAAGGAUAAAAGCAAAUGACCCUAGUCUCGUAGAAGUUAAUCUGAACAACAUAAAGAAUAUUCCAAUUCCAACACUGAGAGAUUUUGCAAAGGCUUUGGAAACCAACACCCAUGUGAAGACAUUCAGCCUUGCAGCUACUCGAAGCAAUGACCCUGUUGCUAUUGCUUUUGCAGAUAUGUUGAAAGUGAACAAGACACUGAAGAGUCUGAAUGUAGAAUCCAACUUCAUCACUGGGGCUGGUAUUUUGGCAUUGAUUGAUGCUCUAAAAGAGAAUGAAUCCCUGACAGAGAUCAAAAUUGACAACCAGAGGCAGCAGCUGGGUACAGCUGUAGAGAUGGAGAUUGCCAAGAUGCUUGAGGAAAACUCCAAGAUUCUCAAAUUUGGAUAUCAGUUCACAAAGCAAGGCCCAAGAACCCGGGUAGCAGCAGCUAUCACUAAGAACAAUGAUCUAGUUCGUAAAAAGCGAGUGGAAGGAGACCGGCAGUAGCCAAGCCUUGGAGGAUACCAGAGCUACUGAAGGCAGCCAACACUAUGGCAAAUCUCAGACUGUCCACUGGUCAGAAGGGAAGACACUGGAAAAAUAUAUUAGAAUGAGGGUUGUUCAUUUCCGUUACUGUCCCCGUUUAACCUUGAAAAUGCAGUCUGGUUGUUUUUAACUCUCAUAGUUUGAUUUUUAGGAGAAAAACAAAACAAAACAACAUGUUAUUGCAUUACCUGAAGCCAAUAUGGACAACCUAGAGAUCAAGUGUAUGUGUUAAACAUCAGCUGUAACCACAGUAACCUUGCUUUAGACAUUUUAAAAUUUUUUAAAACUUUUUUUUACAUUGAUAAGGGAUUCUCUAUAUAAGGAAGCUCUAGGGCCCAGUCCUGCAAUGCCUUAAGUAUGUGAAUUAUCCUUACUCAUGUGAAUAAUCUCACUAAAAUCAAUAGGCUGCUUGGGUGAGUGAGGACUGCUUAUACCAAGAGAGGUCUGCAGGAUCGUGCCCUUAUGACUCACUCUUCCAAUCACAUCUAGGCCCCUGGGACUCUAUAUUCGUAUGAACGCAUCUGCCUACAGCAGGACCUUGCCUGCCUGGAUCUGAUUGCUGGAGCAGGUCAAGGUUUUAUAAGUAUCAGAGCCUACUUGUUUACAUGCAUUUAAGUUAGGUUGAUCAUGUCAAAAAUUUUACGUUGAUCUUUGUAUUCUUACUCCAUGACAUAAAGUAAAAAUCUUAGUGUUGCCAAACCUAGAAUAACUUCAUAAUGUCAGUUAUUUUUCUAGUUCACUGAGUUAUUUUAUGUUUUUUUUAACAGACUAUAAGUUUUUCAGUCAUAGAGCUCUGUAAUGUAAAGCAGUAUAUUGAGCAGUAUUUGCUUUGCUUUGAACUGCACUCUUGACAUUUUUAUUUUUGGUAUUCUUGUUCUUGUGUUAGUACAAAUGACAGAACUGUUCUCAGGACCUUGUUGAUGAAGACUGAUUAAGCUAUUUAAUCCAAGGCAGUUCUGCUGGCAGAUAGAUAAAAAUCAGGAGAGUAACACAUACUACUCACCUAGUUUACAUUUCUAGGCUCUAAUUCAACAGUCUUUCCUUGUACAACAAAGCACGUAUGUGGGACUUAGGCACAUGUGUACCUGCUUUGCUGAAUAAGAACAGAGAUAAGCAGAUGCUUAAAUUCUUUGCCAAAAUGGGGCCUCAACCCAGGAUUCUGUACAUUUUCCCGAAGAAGUGGAGACUAUGUGUGUGGUCUAAAUUAAACCCAGUGCUUAACAGCAUUUGAACAUGUCAAUGGGAUGUUGUCAAAAGACUGUGCUAAACAUUCAGUUGAAAAGGUAACUUCAUUUUAUUUGCAUUCAGUUUUAUAGUAUUACACCUUAAUUUCCAGCCAUAUGUACAUAUUUUGUCAUUGCCAACUUUUGUGCUUGUCAGGUAGCCAGGGGUUCACCUUGAUCAUAUUUAUGUCCAAUACAAGAGUUAAAGGUGGCUGUUUUUAGCUGGCUUAGCUAUCCCAGUACCAUCCAAAACCUACAGGUCUUUACUUGCGACCAAAGCCUGUGACAUCCUUGAACCAUUAGCCUCUCUUCCAAAGGUCCUCUCCUUAUGGUGUGGGUGCUUGCCUGAGUGUAUGCUGGUGGGUGUGCUGGCUACAGGGAAUACGGAAGAGAAGAUCAGUGACACCUAACAUGUUCAGGCAUCUCAAAGCCUGCAGAAGACAGUGUGUGGGAUCAUCAAGGUGGGGAGUGUGUGACCUGGCUACACAAGAGGUCAGUCAGUGUGUGUGUGGCAUAUUCCUUUCUAAGCCUGGCAGAUUCCUGAGCAGGAUUCCACCUGGGAACUGCUUCAAGCACCAUAAAGUCUCCCUCUGUGCCUUCUACGCUUUUUGGAACAGAGGUGGGAAAUGGCCGCUCUGGUCCCAAGAGAUGCACAGAGGGAAGGACAGAUCUCAGGACAAUGCUCCUGACCAAAUCAGGCACUGAAGCAUGUACUUAAAUCCCAAUGACUUCAAAUUAAGCAAAUACUUAAGAAGUUAAGCACAUGCCUACAUGCUUUGCUGAAUCAGGACCCAUACAUGCAGUAUCCAUAGAGAUAGUGGGGGAGCUUCAGGGUCCCAGGGGGUUUUAGACCUACUUUCUCCUUUGCUGCCCUGUUAGAAACCUUUUUCUCAAGGAGAGGACUGUAAAGGGGCAGCCUGGCCAGUGAGUUUUUCCCUCACCUCCAUGCAGGAUGUGCUGUGAGAAGGGAAGAUUAACAGUCUGUUGGACAUAAUGAGACCUGCAACAUGGACCCAGUCUGGCUUUAAAGGCUCUCGCAUAGGGCAGGCAAGUGACAAUACUGCAUGCAUCAGGGCUAGGCACAUGUUUAUAGGGUUGCAGCAUUAUGCCUCUUGUGAGCAAAAAACUUUGAUUCAAGAAUCCCUGCCCCCAAAGGAUUUCUGAUACCAACACACUUCACCCCAAAGAUAAAUCAGUUCCAGUCCUUACCCACAUUCUCUUCUUCAGCUGUGGCUUGAGCCAAGAGAGGGAAAUGCUCAGUUUUUCUGGGUGUUUUAACACUUUAAUGAUUUAUAUUGGCCCCAUUUUUCAAUGGUGUCUUUUGUGUUCAAGAGCAGCAAAUACAAUGCAUUUGUAGACUUAACCUCCAUUCACAGUGUACGUGUUUGCAUGCAGCUCUUGUAUAAGGGGUGGAUUUGUCCAGCUGCUAUUUGGUGUAUGGAAGCAUGUCAUCCUGGAUAUCUUUGAUCAGAAUCAUGCAAACAGUUGUAUCAUGAGGCAGCUACAUUCAUUUCAGCAAGUCUGGAACAUUUCUCUUGGUUGGCCAACCAUGGGAACCUGCUUGGGGAUAGCCCUGGUGGUGUUGCCUUCCUUUCAUCUUCCAUGACUGCAUGCACCCUGCAGAGGUACUUAUCUCCUAAGGAUAAGACUGCUCCAGCAUUUGUGAGCUUUACCUAUUAAGAGCCUGAUAGCACUAUUAGGCCUAUGCUGGAGUAGGGCACUGGGUCACAUACUCCCUUGCAGGGAUCUGGGGAGCACUGUGCCUCCUGGCUCUUUCCAUUGUACACAGGGAACACAUCAGCACACAGUCCCUCUCUCUGUGGCCAGCUAGCUGGGGUGGGGUGAUAGCCAAGCCUCCUUUCUGCUGCUCUCCAUCCAUUUUGGAGGGUUAACCCCAAACCCCCCAGGUCAUCCUUGCCUUCAGAAUAAGCACAAGGACUGCAGGUAUAGCAAAACUGAGGCAGGGUGAGAAGAAGUCUCCUUUUGGCCUCCUUCUUAAGGCACAUGCAAAUGCGAGCUGGCCACAGUCCAGCUUGAAGCAUUUCAAUCUACGUAUGCAAACAGAAGGGAGUACUCAGUAGACUUACAGCUAAUCUAGCGCCUUCCUGGAAACAACAGGUUAAAAUGCUAACCUUGCUCUACAGUGAGUUGGCCACUAAACUCUCUGCAACUAAUGUGAAGGGGGUUAGAAUGUGAGAGUGUAUUUUAAGUACAGCUUUCAAGCAUAUUCCUAAUCUGGGACACCAGGGCAUAAGCAGAGCCCAGUUUUUAAGCAAACACAUGCAUGAUUGGGAGCUGCUAGUCAGAGUCUAUUUUUGCACAUUGCUUCUCAUGUCAGCAAUUUGGGUUUUGUUUGUCUUUUCUAUAAAAGUUUUAGACACAGAACAGCUGAGCGUUGUGCGUGUCCUGAUGUUCCUGUGUAUUGUAGAGUGCACUAAGGGGAAUAUGGUGUCUGUGUGAAACACUAAGAGAAAAUGCUUUUCUGGAUCAUAAAUGUCUGCAUGUGCACAGCUUGGUGCAUAGCACGUGAGGGAAAGGGAGUCACCAGAAUAUGCAGCAGUGACUCCCAAACAUCUUGGCCUUUUUAAAUAAACCUUCAUGACAAA